AGAUUUUCAGAAUUGGUCUUUAACUCUGUGUUUAUAGCUGAAAAAUAAUUAAAAUGAGAAUCUACACUUCUGCACAUUACGGUACUGUGCAGAAUCAAUUGAAAUUGUUAUUUAUUUAAAACUAAUCAAGCAAAUCAGAUACUGUCAAACACACAAAAACCUUCACACGUAUGUUUUUGAGAUUAAACCUGCUUCCUAUUCACGUUUAGAUUUUGACACAUUUGCUGUUGCAUAAUGUAUAAUGCAUGCUAGUCAAAGAGAAAAAAAAAAGUGUAGGUGAAGGCUAUGUUAAAUUCCCUCGUCGCAGGACCACUUCCUUUAAGUCAGCUUGAGCGUGCAGUUGUCACUUUCAGUUUAAGAUCGUAUUGCACUUGGUAGAACCUCUCGGCUGAACUGAAGGCUUGAGGAAACUGCUGAUAUAGCCGUACAUGGGACUGCUUCAGUUUCAGUCAACAUGGUUUUUGUUUCUUUGAGGACAUGAGGACCUUCAGAAACCAGAAAGACUUUAUUUUAAUUCUUAUACUUUGGAAUACUUGCGUAACCCUAGGAAACGUCAAAGAUAAUAUUCGCUUCUGGCUGGGAUGUGAAGCUGAGAUACCCUGUGGCUACUCCGGUUUGGACUCGAUCAAAUGGUUUUACAAAAAGGAAGAACAAAGUAACCAAAUCAAGUUGGUCUCUAAAGACAAAAAUGGAUUAGUACAUCAUAGUGGCAUUAAUACCAAAAGACAUAGUUUAAAAUAUGCCAACUUAAUCAUCAGUGAUUUCACUGAUGAUGAUCAGGGCAUGUAUUGCUGUGAAAGGAGCCGUCAAGAUAACUGCAUCAGGGAAAAAUCAAACAUCAUCAGCGUAAAGAAAGAAACUUUAGAGGAAACUCAGAGGACAGUUUAUGUCCUUCCAGGCACCAGCUUUAAGCAAGAAUGUUCAGGCAACUUUUCUUCCUUUAAAUGGGUUUUUGAAGCAAAUAAUCCAACUACUGCCGGAAAAACACUGAGGCCAGAAUCCGUCACCGUGACUUCCAACAAGACCAUACAUAUUCCAAAUGUGACAAUUCCAGAUGCUGGGAAAUACACGUGCUUGGUGAAUCCUUGUGGUCGUUCUAGUCUGAAACUGCUUACUAUCCAUCUGUGUGUAAUAAAAGUGUCAGUAAACCCUGGAGAUGGCUUUGCCGUGUCGUGUGCUGUGGUGUGUAACGAGGAAUUCAGUCAGAAAAGUCGCGUUUCAAGUCAGAUGAUGAAUACAUCGGGGGUAUCUGUGCAUGUGGAUGGAUCUGGGAAAUUAACCUGCAAUGCAAGUCAGAUAUUCACGUCAGAUGAACGUUCAACAGUUACCAGCAGUUAUGCUUCGACUACAACAACAUUUAGAAAAACAACAGAGGGGUCCACACAAAAGGAAGACUGGAGUGGACUUGUUUGUGGAGUGUUGGUUCCUCCUGGAUGCUUGGUUUUAAUUCUGAUGUUCUGCUUGAGAUCAAGACUGAAAUCUGCAUUUCCUUUCCCGCGUACUUGCUGUGUUUUCAGUAGAGUAACAAGUGUGGAAGAUGAGCCCAAUGUUGUUUAUUCCUCAGUUGCCUUUAGGACCCCUGCAAAAACAAGAAGCAACACAACUCACAACGAAUGCAUUUACAGUGAAGUAAAAUGCACAAGAAAAUGUUCAACUUAAUGUGAGCGUUAAAUCGAACCAUGGUUUGGUAAUUUUAGCAGUUCGGAGGUUGCCUAAAAAUGGUAUCAGUUUUGUGAGUCGAAGUAAACUUCACCCACUGGGUGCCCAUUGAAAAUAUGAAAGUGUUUUUCCACUAUGUCUGCAAAUGAAUAACUGCUUCCUGAGAUAUUUUGAUGAAAUUAUAGCAUUGCUUUGUGCCUGUUUCUGAUACCAUCAGCAAGCGCUUUGAAAUAAUAAAAUAACUUAUUUUAAAUUAUUCUGGACAAAUAUUUUUUAUGACACAAGUUUUGUUUAAUAUUUUGUCUUUAAGCCCUUGUAAUGUGUAUUGUUUUACUACAGUAUGUUUUAUUUAUUUGAUGGUAUAAGUAACUGUUUAGAAUUCAUGACAGCACACAAACCUCAAAAGGUUUGUGAACUACUGAACACGGCAAAAACUAUUUCAGUAUUUAUGAUUUUUAAAUAUUUUAUCAAAUUUAUUUUAAGAAAUAUUAUAGAAAACCUAAUGGUAAUCAUAUGUUGAUUGUUGUGUAGAGGUUUUAGCAUCUUCAGUUGUAAAAAUAAGGCCUAUGUUCUAUAUAAACUAAUGUUUUUUUAGGUUCCAGCAUUGCAACAAUAUUUUGGUAUGAAAUCUAAAUACAUUUGCAUUAUUUUUAAAAGCUGUACAAGGUUCUAUUUUAUUUUAUUUUUUUAACCAUAGUCAACUUGUUUUAAGUCUACUAGAUGUUCAUUUUUCUUCAACACAAAGCAGUUUUAGCAUCUCCAAAUACAUGUAUCUACUUUUCUGCACUGUUUUUGGUUUUUCAGACAAGCUUUGGUUUGAGAAUGUUUUCAUGCAUAUAAUGACUUGCAAUUGUUCUUAAUUUAUUUUAAUUUUUAACUACCCCCCGUUUGGAUUAAUAUCUCUCAUUGUCUUUUCUACAUAAUUAA